AUGAGUUUUUUUUCAAGGCAUCCUCAUGAUUUUAUGAAUUCAUACUUAAAUGAACAAUAUGAUUAUAAUGAUAAUAAUCAUGCUGAUGAUGAUAUUCCAUAUGAACUUGAAAAUGAACUUGAAGCAACGGUAGAAAGAAUGACAAAUGAACAAUUAAAUGAUAAUGAUGAAGACGAACCUAUCUAUUCUGACGAUGUACAAAAUGCAUUUGCACGGUAUGAAAAUGAGCAAGAUGAAAUGUUUGAACAAAUGCGUGAAUGCAUGCUUUUUAUGGCACAAGAGUAUUCUACUGCUGAAAUGCCAAAUAAUCUGAUUGAAAGUUCACAACAAACUAAAUUAAAUCCUGAUGCAGCUGAAUUUCGACCAUCAAAUUCACAAGUGUCAACAUCAGCAGAUAAAGAAAGAAUUGUUGUUCUGUCAUGGAUGCCGUGUGAAGCGAAAAAGCAAGACGAACAAAAAGACUUUUAA